UCUUUCAAAUUAUUUUCACUUUCAAAUUAUAUUCUUUUUUCCAACAUUACGACCACUACUACUUCAAAAUAAACUACAAUCACAGACGUAAAAUAUGUUGUCUCGGCUCUUCACAACCACGGCAGUUGCCGCCGCUCUGCGCACAUCGACUCGGCCGACACAGCAACCGCUCAGACGCCACAUCAGCAGCCGGCUUCUCACACCGCGACUGGACAUCACCAGCGUCAGCGCCCAGACAAUGGCCCGGCGCACGAUGUUCAUCCAAACAGCCACAACGCCCAACGAAGACGCCCUGCAGUUUAUCCCCGGCGUGCCCGUUCUCCCCGAAGGCGCCAAGCACACAAUAGAGUUCUCGUCUCCACGCGAGGGCCUCAAAUCGCCACUGGCCACGCGGCUGUUCGCCAUCGAGGGCGUCAAGGGCAUUAUGUUUGGCUCAGACUUUGUCACCGUGCGCAAGGACCCGGACUUCCCAUGGCAGCUGAUGAAGCCCGACGUAUAUGCUGCCAUCAUGGAUCAUUUCUCAGAUGCAGAGAAGACAAGUGAUUCGAUGGACGUGGCUGAGCAUGACUCGGAGAUUGUCGCUGAGAUUAAAGAGCUGCUAGAGUCGCGCGUGAGGCCGGCGAUUCAGGAGGACGGAGGGGAUUUGGACUUUGUCUCGUUUAAUGAGGGAUCGGGGAUUGUCAAGAUUAGGCUGAGGGGCGCGUGCAAAGGAUGCUCGUCGAGCUCGGUGACGCUGAAGCACGGCGUUGAGGGCAUGCUCUCGUACUAUAUCCUGAGGUCACUGCUGGAGGCACAGGCGAAUAAGGAGUUCCAAAAGCUCGAGGCAUCCUUGCAAGAGAAGUAUAAUACUUCAUGAAGAAUAAAAAAUUCUUUACAAAUUUAUGUAUUUUGAAACAAGAAAAACUUAUAUUUUAAAA